AUGGCCGGAUUGUCAAUCUACCUUGAGUCAUUCACCUCUCAAAGGCAAGAUAUCGAUUCUUCCAGUAUCCAAGGGCCAAUCUAUGUAGAUUUGCAGUCCACGCACGAUGGUGCAGAAUUUAGUCCUGAGAAAGGACAUCUUAGGACCACAUAUGGGCGUAACUGGUUGGUUAUUCUACCUGAUAUGACUGUAUCUAUGCCACAGAUCCUACAUGCUCUGGAGGCCAUUGCGGGGAAGAACACACUAUUCCUCGCCAAGAAUGAGCUUGAUCCAAAGCUUGAAGCUAUUGCAGGCAGUUGGCCAGCCUUGUUUGAGGUAACCCUCGCACCGCGCCUGGGGUUGGUGGCGGACGGUACCCUGACGCAAACUGUCAGAGAUCUCUGUUAA